CUUGCAUGUAUGUAAUGUAAGAAAAUUGUCAUCACUGUUAUUGGAUUAGGUUAUAUAGAUGCGACAUCUGUAUAAGCAUUCCGUGUACAUUCUAUUUACAUGAAUUUGCUUAACUAGAAUUUGACAUCUGCCUAUUCCUACGUGUACAUAAGACAGAUUCGCAAGGUAGAAAUUGAUCAGUUUCGCCCUAUAAAUCUGGUUAUUUGAAAGGUCUGAUUGUUUAAGAAAGGGUCAUCGGGACAUUACCUGGUAAAUCUCUUUUUUUCUUUUUGGUUUUAUAAAUUUUAUAUCUUGAAUUAAAUAAAUUUGCUAUCUUGAAAAGCAUUUAUUACUCUAUUUAAAUUGUAUAGGGAUUGUUCUUGAAGAUACUUGAACUCGGAAAAGGUCCUAGUACAACAUGAGCAACGUGGCCAAAACACUGAAGGGGCCAUUAAAAUCACCAAGGCUUGCUUUUUGUAAGUUAAGUCUAAGAAGAUCAUUGCUUCCGUUUGCUUUUCCUAAUAUUAACGAGAAAUGUCUGUUACCAACGAAACGAUUUCAAGUUCGAAGCUUUUCUCAAAGUAGAUUUGUUAAAACCAGUGAGUUAACGAAUAACUUGAAGAAAAUUCAGUCUCUCGAGCGAGAGGUUGAGGAAGUGGAUGUUUGUAUUGUCGGUGCUGGACCAGCCGGUUUAGGUGCAGCAAUCCGUAUCAAGCAAGCAGCCGCAAAAAUUGGUAAAGAAAUUCGAGUGAUUGUACUAGAAAAAGCCGCUGAGCCAGGUAAUCACAGCGUUUCAGGUGCAGUUAUUCAGCCAACUGCCCUUGAUGAGCUCAUUCCAGACUGGAGGAAUGAACCACCUCGCCAUUGUACUCCUGUUUCAUCAGAUACCAUGAAAUUUUUAAUUCCUGGUAUGCAAUUCCCUAUACCUGUACCUCCAGUUUUGAGUAACAAAGGAAAUUACAUUAUGAGCUUGGCAGAAUUAACCAAAUGGCUAGCCGCCAAAGCUGAAGAGCUGGAUGUUGAGCUGUAUCCUUCUUUCGCUGCUUCAGAGGUGUUAUACAAUGAAGAUGGGUCUGUUCGUGGUGUAGCUACAAACGAUUUUGGUAUUGAUAGCAAAGGAUUACAAAAGGAUAACUUUGAGAGAGGAAUGGCUUUCCAUGCACCAAUCACUUUAUUUGCUGAAGGUGCCCGUGGGUCUUUAUCUAAAUCGGUUAUCCAGCGCUUUGAUCUUCAGAAGGAUAGUGAGCCUCAAACAUAUGGCUUAGGUAUUAAGGAAGUAUGGCGCGUACCUGACGAAAACUUUAGGAAUGGUGAGGUUGCCCAUACCCUUGGCUGGCCAUUACGGAAUGAUACUUAUGGUGGUGGAUUCAUGUACCAAUUUGGAGACAACUACGUGUCUGUAGGAUUGGUAGUUGGCUUGGAUUAUCCCAAUCCGUAUGUGUCUCCGGCUUCUGAAUUUCAGAGGAUGAAACAAAAUCCAUUUUUUGCUAAAGUUUUGAAAGGAGGAACAUGUUUGGAAUAUGCCGCUCGUAGUUUAAACGAGGGAGGUUAUCAGUCUAUUCCCAAAUUGGUAUUUCCAGGUGGUGCUUUAAUCGGGUGCAGUGCUGGAUUUGUUAAUGUUGCAAAGAUCAAAGGUACACACACAGCUAUGAAGUCCGGUAUGGUCGCUGCUGAUGCAAUUGUCAAAGCUUUUAAUACUGAUGAUGUUGGUAAAACGCUUACGAUUAAUGAUUAUGAAGAAAACCUUAAAAACUCUUUCGUUUUUAAAGAACUGUAUUCCGUACGUAAUGUGCGACCAUCAUUUCAUGCAUUUCCCUUUUUAGGAAACUAUGGUGGCAUGAUAUAUUCGGCUCUAGAUUCGUACCUGCUGAAAGGUAAAGUACCUUGGACAUUUAGCCACAAAAAAAGCGAUGCUGCAGUUACAGCUAAGGCCUCUUCAUAUAAACCCAUAGAUUACCCUAAACCUGACAAUGUCCUAUCAUUUGAUACACCAACAUCUGUCGCUCGUUCAGGUACUAUGCAUGCCGAGAACCAGCCUUGUCAUUUGUUUGAUACUCGUCCUAAUGAUCGACAAGAUGCUUAUCGACUCUACAAAGGUGUUGAAAAUCGUUUCUGUCCAGCUGGUGUCUACGAAUACGUUGACGAUGAGACACUACCUACUGGAAAGCGAUUUGUUAUUAAUUCUCAAAACUGUGUUCAUUGCAAAACUUGUGACAUAAAAGAUCCUCUUCAAGGCAUCAAAUGGAAAACACCCCAGGGCGGUGAUGGUCCGAAACAAACUUUGACAUAGUAAAUUCCACAGGGUUUCACAUGCGUUCCCAUAGUUCUUUGCUUUAUUUUUCUAUAAAAGAGAUUCUAUGCUAUAACAAUAAUGUAUAUUAAUAACGCUUUAAUUAAUAAAAUCUGCA